CUGAGACAGCAGAGCGACUCGAGUCGAAUCGAACCGAUCGUAAACAAAGCAAGGCCGCAAAGUCGGAACGCGCGUAAUUCGUGCAGUUCAUUGCGAGACGAGAAACCAUCUGGUUGUUAUAAGCGGCCGGGAAAACGCACGCUUGCAACGCGAUACGGCAAUUAUAAAUUUUUAAUCUUAUUUAUGGAUUUUUUUGUUGAAAGUCGCGAUUAGGGCGGUGAGUUUGCAAUUUUCUCAUCUACAAAUAUUUCAAAAAUGCGCACAUGCACGAGCAUUACGCUACAACUGCUGCAUCUCUUCCACUUGCUGGCAUUCCAUCUGUCAACUGCCAGUGCAGCGCGCAGUAUGAAUCGCCAGCAAUUGAAGACAAUCGAGCGAUAUAUGGAUCCGAGCGCAGACCCCUGCAAUGACUACUACCAGUAUGCGUGCGGCAAUUGGCAGUAUGUGCACGCGGACGCCGAAUAUUACGAAACAAUCGGGCUCAUAGAUUACAAAGUCGAUCAGGAAUAUGCCCAAUUAUUGAACAGCGUACGCCGACGGCGCCGCCUCCGCAUGGAACACACAUUUGUGCGCAAGCUACUCGACUACUACAAGUCCUGUUUGACAGUGUACGCAUAUACACCACAGCUUUACUUGGAUUGGCUGCAGGAGCACGAACAGCUGAUAUGGCCAACGGUAUUACCGAGUGCGAGCCCCAUACGUCGCGCUGGUAAACGACAUGGCAAAGGCAAGGUAGUGCAUUACGAUUGGCUGAAUAUGUUGGCGGUGCUGCGUAAGUAUGGAAUGAAUGCAGUGUUCAUUGAGGAGACGGUCAUACAACGACGCGAUAAUGCACGCGCCUCUGCCAUAGACUUGGACAAGCCUGUGCUGAGUGGUGGAUUUCAGCCAAUGCCGCAUAAGGGUUUCGAAUUGAUUAUGGAAUAUUUGCGUGUGACAGAUGAGCAACGCAAGGCCACUCUGUGGGAUGCAUUACACGAAUUUGAGGCGAAGCUGAAGAGUUUAGACUUUGUGGAGGAUACCACCGAAGAGGGUGAGGAAAGUGCGUCGGCACAACGUGAAACGACCUUAGCGGAAUUGAAUAUGCCAUUUCUCACACGCUACCUGGACAUUAUACUGGAGCGUCCGGUGGAUCCUUAUAUGAAGCUGACAAUACAAAAUCUGCCAUAUAUGAGGCUGCUGCUCACCGUGCUGGAUGAGCAUGAGCCGGAAUUCAUCUGCCGUUACUUAAUGCUGCGUUUUCUUUGGUACCUGAAUAUUGAUGGACCGCGCAACUUUCUCAAAGGCGAUUGUGUCUCACAUACGCGCAGCAUGAUGCCACUUGCCAUGACCUGGUUAUAUGAACGCCAGAAUCCCGAACUUAUCGAUGAGAAGUCACACAUUGAAAUGCUUUUCCGUAAAAUGUUGCAACACUUUACCCAAACACUGCACAACAAUGCUAAUCAGUUCGAUGCACACAUUCUGCGCUUCUUGCAGGAUAAAAUCGAUACGAUGCGCAUUAAAGUAGGUAAUUUGCCACGUCCCGCCACCAGUCGCCAAGUGGAGGCAUUCUAUGCAGAACUGGAAAUCGAACCUAGAGAAUUUUAUGCAAAUCAUUUGCGUCUACUACAACACUUCACACGCGCCAAGCACAAGCGUCUCGAAGAGCUGCUCGUACAAGAUGACUCAUUCUUUCACCUUGAAGAUCCCGAAACUGGCGCUAGCUCCUCACCCUACUACCUGCUGCGCUCAAAUGUGGUAAUUGUACCACUCACACUACUACACACGCCCAUCUAUCAUCCACAGUUGCAUGAGAUUUUCAAAUAUAGCUCGCUGGGCUUCCUGUUGUCGCACGAGAUCACACACGGUUUCGAUGACAGCGGUGUUGAGUUCGAUAAGCGUGGCAAUAUGCGUGGCCCCUCCGAUCGCAUCAAAUCGAAUCGAAUAUUCGAUUCGAAUCUGAAUUGCUUGCGUUCGCGGAAUCCACAAAUUGUCGAUGAGAAAAUCGCCGACGUGAGCGGUUUACGCUGGGCGUACGAGGCCUAUUUCAAUAGCAUCAAUGCCAGCAGCAACGCUAAUGCCCGCCCGCUGCACUUUACCAGCCUAUCGCCGGAGCAUGUGUUUUUUCUUAACUUCGCACAAUUCUUCUGCGGUUCACCGGCGACCAGUGCACGUGAGUUGGAGUUCAGCGAACAUGGCUCCGAUAAGGAGCGUGUCUUGGAUGCAUUAGCGAAUUUCGCUGAAUUCGGACGCGUCUACGAUUGUCCAAUGGGCAGCCGCAUGAACCCUCAACGAAAGUGUCAACUUUGGAGAUAGCAGCAGACAAACGUAUGACUGAAACAACGACAAGUAAUUUAGAGCUGCAAAAUAUGUGCGCUUGUGUGGGUGUUGGUGUGUGUGUGUGUUAAACCGAAAUCAAUGUAUAAAUAGGUGUAAGUGAAAGCGCGUGAAUGUUGAUACUCGUAUUAGCUAACUAAAUUAUUAAGCUGUAAAUAAAAUAAUUUUAGGUAUAAUUAAAAAUUAAUUAAUAUUUAAAUGUAAAAUAUUGAAACUAACGCUUAAAGUGCAUAAAUUCUCAGAAAAUACUUAAAUUUAAUAUUCUCCUAUGUAUGUGUGUGAGUGUGUGUGUAUUUUAUUUUGUCGGUAGUGGAAACUGUAAGCUUGUAAAUAAUCUAUAAUACCCCACGUUCUAAGAUGUAAUAAUUCGCUUUCAAUAAACAAAAAGUUGGUACAAUCAAAUCAUACAA